CGUGUCAAUAAUCCGUUUAGUCUCGGGUCCCCUUAGCGUGUUCAAUACACUAACAGCCACAGCAAAAACGAAAAAGUCAAAUGACAAGAAAGACCGCGGUUACUUUAUUAGCCCUAACCCUGAGCAACAACGUAUCAAAGCAAUCUUUGAUUCCUCUGCUCUCGCUCUCUCUCUCUCUGUUUUUUCCAAGAAGUUGCAUAGAAACAUCUUGAACUCUCUCUCUCUCUCUCUAAAAUCACUCACACUCGUUCUCAAAUCAGGUAUUGAAAAGGGUUGUGAACGUGCAAACUUUGAAGUGAUGCCGGUGUCAGGAAAUGAAGAGGCUGGGGCUAAACCCCUUGCAUGGCAGUCCAGUCUUAACAUUGCAGGUGUUCCUAUUAAGAAAAGGAGGUUCAUUCGGCCUCCUUCGCCUCCACAAGAAGAACAAUCUGUGCCACUGGUGGAAAAAGAUUCUGUGCAGAAAGAACCUGGCAGAACAUUUGUGGAGUCAACUCUGUCCAAUGCUAGUGUUACAGCAAGUUCUGAUUUAUGCAAUCCAUGUGAGGAUUCUGUACCUGAAGAAAAUAAGAACAGGUUGGACGGCAUUGUGCUGAUGAACAUUGCUAACUGCUCGGUAGUUAAAGUUCAAGAACUGAACCAAACAAUCCAGUCUGAUUCUUUGGCUGAAUUUGGAAAAGAAGAGAAGCUUGUGGUGGCAGAAAAGUCUGGCAAAGCGCAGCUGAUUUCAGCAAAAAAUGAGUUGAAUAUAGAAGACAGUAAAGGUAAAGAGAUACACAGCCAACAAAUAUCAGAAGGAAAGUGUAAGUCAGAGACACCUAUAGUUUCAGAAACUUCUCAGUUUUCUUUAGGUUUAAAGGAACAUGAUGUUUUGUCAUUCGAAUGUUAUAGCAAUGUUGGUAGUCAAAAUCAUGAAAAUGUAGGAGCUGUUUCAUCGAAUUUGUCUUUAAGCAAGGGCGAGACCGGUAUUCAGCACAAAAUGUACAAUAUUCUGGCUACUGGCAGCACUGAUCUACGGACUAACAGAUCAAACUGGGACUUGAAUACUACUGCGGAUACAUGGGAUGGUUCUACCAGUGAUGAACAUGCAGCUCAAGUAACUGCUGAUGCGUGGAACAGAGUUGGUGUUAUACAUGAUAUUACUACAGGAGUAAUUGGAACUGGUAUUGCUAAAGAAAGGCAACUCCUUGAUGGGAGUGAGUGCAGAUCUAGUUUUCCCCAAACAUUCUCAGAGUGUGCCAAGGAGUGUACUUCUGAGGAUUCUCUUCAUCUACGUCUCAGUCCAUCAUUUCCUUCAAUUAACUUAAGCAAGGAAUCUUCCAGCUCUUCUGCUAACAAAGAAAGCCGGGUUAUUCCUAAUACUAGCUUGCCUGGUGUCUUGUUGUCAGCAGGCAAUGCAACCAUGGAUAGCUCUAGGACCAUAAAAUCAGAACCUUUUGAUGGGAGCCUCGAACAUGAUCUUAGAGGAGCUAAAGUCAAUCCAUUUGAUUUUUUUGUGAAGCGUGAGUUGGUUGAGAAGGGUAGUCCAGAAACAUCAAAGUCCUCAGCGUUUAUUUCUCUGAAAUUAGCUGGUCAGGGUUUCAUAAAACCCGAACCAUUUCCUGAUGGUAAACCAGAAAUUCCCAGGAUGAUAGAGGGGGUGUCAAUCCAACCUGAUAAACAAGUGCUACAAGGCCAGGAUACUGGAGGGCAAGCUCCUUGCUCGACUAGUAAACAAGUGCUGCAAGGCCAGGAUACUGGAGAACCUUCCUGUUCAACAAAUGACUGGGCGAGGGAAGGUCAAGAUAUCUUAGCAAAACCUACUUGUUCAACAGGUUUGUCUAUAAGUGGCAAUGCGUCAGAAUGUUUAGAGCAUACCACAUGUGCUGAAGGUGUGCUUCUUAGGAAGGAGAUUGUAAAGGAAGCAUGUGAAAGUGCUGGGCAGGUUUCUUCAGAAAUGGUUUGUAUACCUGUGGGUCACAGUGGCAAUGAAUUAAAUGCUUCUGUUAUGAUAGAUACUGCAAUUACCGAGGGCAGAAAUGUGGAUAUUCCUGAGCAGUGCGAACUGAAUUUUACAGAGGAAGUCUCUGCACGUUCACAUGGAAAUGGUGAGGGUUCAGUAACUGAUGAGGAAAAGAUCAACUUGUCUGGUGAUAUGCUAGAAGAAGAUACGUAUGGCUCUGGCUAUGAGUCUGACGGUCAUUCUAUGGCUAUGGAUAUUGAAGAAGAGCAUCGAGAACACGAGUAUGAAGAUGGUGAGGUUCGAGAUCUGCACCUGCAGGCUGUGACAGAGUGUCAGAAAUUUGAGGGAAAAGAUGUUAGUCAUGGUAAUUGUGGUAAUUCUGAGCAUGAAAAGGUAAACUCUGAACUUGCUGGUGAUGAUCAUCAUAUUUCAUCCCAUGUCGAGGAAAAUGACUCUAAAAUAAAAGUUUCUGAAAACAAUGAAGAUACUGUGAAAGAAUGUAUCACUACAACCACUGAAGAUGCUGAUAAUGCUAUUAUGAAAAAAUCAUCAACAGUUGAGAUUCCAUCUUGUGGGGAAGAUCAAGAGAGGGCCACCACAAUCAUUCAAAUAAAAUCACUCGACACAUCUGGACAGAAAGAUGAUCUGAUGGGCCAGGGGGCAGAUUUGUCACCUGGACAAGACAUUACUGGAGGUCAAGAAACUUUAGUUUCUAUUGAGCAAGGUUCAGACAAGAACAUUAAAACAAUUGAUGUGGAAAAGAAUGAGUUGCCUGAGGUAGAAGCAUCUUUAAAUGGUCGUGAUAUGGCUAAGGAUGUCAGCAGUGGCCGGAGUAGGAUUAUUAACUUGUCUCGAGCUUCUAAUUCAUCAUCUCCUGGCAAGACAAGAUCUAUAUCAGGCAGGACUUUGCCAUCACAUCGAGAAAGAUUACCUGAUGAGCUGCUUGAGGGUGGUAAAUUGCAUCCCCGAGGGAGGGAUGAAAAUUAUAUUGAUGGCCCUCGCAGAUUCUCAAGAGAGAGGCAUCAAGAGCAUUUCCCCAGAAACUCUAGAAUGAAUUUUGUCUGUGGUAGAGGGAGGAUGUCCAGUCGGAUUGACACUCUACGUGGUGACAGGGAUUCUGAACGUGACUAUGCUUCAGAAUUUUAUGGUUCAUCAGAUUUUGCUGUUCGCAGACAUAAAUAUGCGUCUGCUGUUGGCGAGGCAGAUUCUUCUGUUAAUUAUAAUACUGGACCAGAUGGUGCAUUUGUAGGUACUGCUCGGGGAGGGAGAAAAUUAUUGGAUGAUGAGACACCAGUUUUCCGCCAUGUACCCUCAAGGAGGCGGUCUCCUAGAGGGAGAUAUGGACCCGCUGUUCGGGGCACUCAAAUGCUGCAUAGAGUUCCUCGAAAUGUUGGGGAAGAUGGUUCUGAAGUUACUGGAGUAAGGCAUGCUGAGAACAUGAGGGGAUUCCCUGAUGAUAGUACAGAUCAGGCAUUUACACGUCCCCAACCUUCAUAUGAAGGGUUAGAUGGUCAUUUUGUCCAAGGGACUAGGAACUAUUCAUCUGUUCAGAGAAGGACUCCUCCCCAAAUUCGUUCAAAAUCUCCAAUUAGAUCUCGUUCUCCUUGUCCAUGGUCAUCUGCCAGAAGAAGAUCUCCAGAUGGGUUUGGUGCAACCUCAGAAUUUUCUAGUCGGAGAUCACCAAUUUACAGGAUAGGGAGGGUCAGAUCACCUGACCAUCCUGGUUUUCCCAGGGAAAUGGUUGUCAGGAGGAAUGGUUCCCCACCAUUUUUAUCUCGACCUAAUGAUACAAGGGAAAUGGAUCUUGGUCGUGAUCACGGCCAUCCAAGGUCUAUCAUCUCUAAUAGGGACCAAACAGGAAGGGUUUUGCUCAGAAACGGUAGGAGAUUUGGUAUUACAGAUCUUCGAGAAAGGAGGGAUGGAGAUGAGUUCUUUGGAGGCCCCAUGCACUCUGGCCGAUUUCAAGAGCUUGGUGGUGAUGGAAAUGUCGAAGAUAGAAGAAGGUUUAGUGAGAGGCGGGGACCUGUCAGGACAUUUAAGCCUUUUAACGGUGCUGAUGGUGAAAAUUUUCGUCUUAAUCCGGUGGAUGGCCCUAGACCUCUUAGGUUCUUUCCAGAAGAUGAUCCAGAGUUCCAUGAGAGAGCUAAUUUGAGGGAAAGAGAGUUUGAUGGACGGAUUAAGAACUGUCCUGGAAAUGCACCUAGAAGACCCAGAAGCAUUGAAGAGCGGGCAGGAAAUUACAGGCAUGGUGGUCAUGUGUUGUGUGAUGAUGGGUUUGAUGAUAUUUCACGAAUGAAGAGGAAAAGGUUUUAAUGGUCAAUAGACCAGGGCCCAGGGCUUGUUAUUUUAGAUUAUAUAGGAGACUAGAGGCAGAAUUGCUUGUGGUUACUUACACAGCUGGAUUGAUAAAUGUCAGAUGCCACCUUCAUUUAACACUGAUACUAUUAGCCAUCAGAUGACUGUUCUGUCAUGUACAUAGCUUGUCUCUUUCAGAACUCUAUCCACUGGUUUCUUGUUCUCAAAUUCUGGAUGUUAGGCCACUUUUCGUUUUUCACCUUAGCAAGUUUUAUAGUGUCAUAAUUUUGGCUGCACUUUAUGUAUGGGCGGGAUCAUUGCAGUUAAAAUCAGUGUUCGCAUAUUCUCCAGUGGAUGCCCAAGUUUCUCAAAAGUAUUUUCAGCUUGGCAUGCUGAUUAUGUUUGGUGGGUUGGAGUAGGUAUGCAGCAAGGCGUUGUUGGAACUUGGUCUGAUUCUGAAGCCAUCAAAGAAGCUUUAAUAAAAUCAGUAACUUUCUGUUCUUUGCUUUGCUUCACAUUCCCUUUGUUAUGUUGCCCAAAUAUGAAUAUUCCAAUCAUGUUACCAAAUUUGUGCAGUCAUCUCGUACAGUUACUGCACAGUGCUCAAGUUUUUAGAAGGUAGUAUUUGUUGCGAUCUACUUUACUGAAUAGAGAAAUUUUCAGGCGUGCAAUUGCUUUUAACUCAACAGUAUCAACUGUUGGAAGCUGAAAUGUCUGGUGGACUGAGGUAAUUCAACUGUUGGAAUCUUAGACUUUGCAGAGUUCAUGGUUUAUUGUGCUGCAAGUACUCUUACGGGCUCAAGUUUGACUGAACUUUGGUUAAGCUUUUGUCAUUUUUCUCAUAGGAAGUCUUGAAUGCUUUCAAGAGACAGCGGGUGAAUACUAGCUAGCUACUUGGAGUAGGCUUUCAUAGCUGUGCUUUUAUUUGUUACUUGAGUAGGCCAUGUUGGUGGCCUGUCUAAUCUCUCAUGCAUUUGCCAACCAUUGAGUUCUGCCCUGAUGUCUUGUCUUCAGUGGAUUAGAUUAAACUACCACCUCCUAAGCCUUUGCUUGAAAGGGAGCAUAUCUGGGAAUCUUAGCUUUUGGGGUUGUAAUUUCGUGGUUCUCUUUGGAAGGCAGCAAAUGACUGCUAUGUUGGAUGGUGGCUUACUGUGUUACUGGUAGCUUUAUCUGUUCUUUUCGGGAAAACAGCUACCUAGGAAUGCUGGGGAUAAUCUAUUUCAUUGUUUACACUGAAUAGGGUGAUUCAGCCACUGCACUGCGAUACACUGCUUGUGGUGUGGUUUCUACUACUGCAUGAUUACUGAAACAAAGUACGGUGAGUUUUUUAGAACAUAUGUUGAAUGUGGGUACAGGACACGGGGGUUUGUGGUUCUGAAGGUGGUGGUGCAAAACCUCAGGUAAGGCUGUUCCCUUGAUUGAACACACACCUUUUACCCGAUGUAGAUUAAUUGGUCCAUGAGGAUCGGCAACCAGGUUGAAUCAGGUCCCGUGAUCGCACUGACAUCACCUUUGUCAUCGUUUCUGUUCUUUUUUAACAAUGAUAAAAUAAUAUAUUAAUAUUAAGCAGAAUAAGAAUGUUGAGUUUUAGCUCCAAGAA